UACCGCAACGUCUCACCAUGAAUUCAACCCAAACCAAUACCGAUCUGGAUGCAUACAAUGUGUCCAAUCCACCAGCAACUUGGGACGACAUCACUGAGGAUGGGCGCGCCAGCAUUAUCAUCUGCAUCGUGCAAGUCUUCUCCAUGAUUCUCCUCCUGACCUUGAAUCCACUGUGUCUCCUUGUUCUGAGACGUGUGGACAACAUCCAGGACACCACCAAAGUCUUUCUGAGAUCUCUCACCAUGGCUGAUCUUGGAGUUGGGAUUUUUUACAGCCUUCCGAUUACGGUUUCUGCCUUAUCUGGUGACUGGCUCUUUGGAGAUGUGCUCUGCAUGCUUCAAGCACUUUUACAGCCUGUUUGCUUUGGCAGUUCUAUCCUGUCGUUAUUCCUGCUGACGAUAGAUCGUUACAUUUCGGUGGUGUAUGCCCUUCGCUACCCUUCCAUCGUAACUGAGACAAGAGCUCGAGUUGCAGUAUGUUGUGCCUGGGGCAUUAAUUUGUCUUUAACAAUCUGGAAUGGAUUCGAGGCAAGGUGGUUCGCCUUGUAUGACAGUAUUGCUCUAGAGUGUGAUUUUGCUAAUUCAAAUGCACACUUUUUGCGCAUAAUGGUGAUUUACAUGUGCCUUUUGUUGAGCACGAUGCUGGCAAUUCUAGCUACAUAUAUCAGACUGUUAAUGAUUUCUCGUCGUCACGCCCGACGCAUCCACGCCGACAACCAGGUCGCUCUGGGGGCAAAUCAGCACGCAAGACAGAACAGGAAAUAUCUGAACACAUUCCUCAUCAUGGUUGUGUCCGGGAUGCUUGGAAACCUUCUGCCUUCACUGUUCACCAUUGUACUUUUACUCCAGCAUGUUGAACUCACACAAGCCCUAUUUUUCUCCCUGGUUGUGAUGCCAAUUCAAACAAAUAGUUGGCUAAACGUCAUGAUCUAUUACCUCCGGAAUAAGGACAUUCGUCAAGCGACCCGCGCUGUCCUGAUAUCAUUCUCCACAUUUUUCAAACGAGUUUUGCUCUGCAGGAGAAACUAGAAACAUCGCAUCUCAUAUU